AAGACAUAAGACUAUCGACCUAAUUGCUAAUGCUGAUCAUGUUUAUCCCCUCAGAUGAAGAGCACGAGCUAGAAGAGGAAGCAAGUGGCACUGGACAAAAAGGAGUGGACUAUGCCAGUUAUUACCAGGGCCUAUGGGAUUGCCAUGCUGACCAGCCAGAUGAACUGUCCUUCCAACGGGGUGACCUCAUCCGCAUUCUGAGCAAGGAGUAUAACAUGUAUGGCUGGUGGGUCGGAGAACUGAACAGCCUCAUUGGGAUUGUUCCAAAGGAGUAUCUCACCACUGCCUUUGAAGUGGAAGAAAGAUGAAGCCCAGGACACAUAUCCUUCUCUCUAUCCUGCCUUUAUGAAGAAACUUGAUCAUCAAGAGCCGCACUCCCCACCCCUGCCGCCCCACCAGCACCACAGACCCCUCCCUUUACUGACCCUGGGCUCUGACGCCUUGCAGUGACUGUAAACCACCAAUAAGACGAGUAGGAAGAGGCAUAUUCGGCAAACCUGUUACUAGACCUGCGUUGUCAUCGCUCAUCCCAUCUCUAAACGUGUCCCCACAUCCACUUCUCCCUUUUCCACAGGCUUGUCACAGAGAAGGUGUGAGAGAAGGAAACUCUGGAGGAGGAAGUUGCUGGUUGUUUCGGCUGGUUUGAAAAACACAAAUAAACUUUCGAUUUGGUUCCCUGC